CCUAGCAACCGCCGACAAGAAACGAGAGUGGACCGGCACUGCCUGUGAAGGCCGGUUAUCUUUGCUGAGUUUCACGUAAUAGACAGGGGUCGUCAGUUACAACAACGCCGUCAUUGCUGUGAGUGUGGUGUCAUAGUAACUUCUUGCUGGACCCAGCGGGUGUAUCAAGUGCAAUAGGAGGCCGAGUUAGAAGCAACCAUGCCUCUUCCUGAUGUUAUGUUCUGCGCUCAGCAGAUUGAAGUCCCCCCUGAGUUUCCUGAUAUUUUAAAGCAGUUUACAAAGGCUGCCAUCCGGACACAGCCACACGAUGUCCUUCAGUGGUCUGCUGCGUAUUUUGCAGCUUUAUCUAAAGGUGAAACACCUCCUGUGAAGGAGCGGUUUGAAAUGCCAGUGGCAACACAGAAAAAUGAUACUGGUUUUACACCAGGACUUCUAAAGGUUCUGCACAAUCAGCUCUCUCCAAAGAACAUUGUUGAAGAAUACGAAUUGGAAGAGAAAUGGAAAGAUUUAGGUUUGCCAGUCCAGCGCCUGAGAAGCAUUCUGCAACUGGGAAAUUUCAAAUACGAAGUUGAAUGGAUGAAGUUUCUGGCACUCGCUUGCAGUGAUUUGGGUGGGUCUCUCUACAGUGCCUUGAGGUACGCUUGUGAAAUUCUAACGACUGACCCACCGGGUGGUGCUGCUCACAUUAAAAUCGAAACCUUCACUUAUCUUUUCACCUACCUCGCAAAGAUGGAUGGGGAAUCUUCAGAUGUCAAAAUUGAAGAAAUGCUUCUAUCCUUAAAGGAGGCUGUAGAUAAACAAGGUGGAUUGAUACAACCCAGAAACUUCAAACACUUCAAGAAAACUAAAGAUAGUAAAGAAAAUGAAACACCUCUUCAAGGUCAAGUUUAAAACUGCUUAACACAAAAGCAUAACAUACAACAGCGAACAACUAACACGUUUUUUAGAAUCAUUUACUAUGAUUUUAUACUUAAUAAAGUUCAAUCUUUCCAAAGAUCUGUUUUCUUUUUGCUAUUAUGUAAGAUCUACUUGUUUUAUAUUGCGAUUAAAAGUAAUAUAUUUGUUGGAAAGCACUUUAGGACAUUUUGAAGAUUCUUUAAAGCAAUAUAAAAUGAACAUAGUGAGGGAAUCCAAGACAAAUGAUCAUCAUCGUAAGGUGAUCACUAGAAAAUACAAAAUGUAAAAUUAGAAAGUGACUUAGUUACCCAGAAACCAGUGAGAAAUUGGAACUUGCUAUCAGAUAAAAUAGUUGGAGUAAGUAGUGAUGAAACCUUUAAACAGAACUAUAAGUAAUAUGACGGAAAGGAAUAGAAGCUUAUAAUGACAAGGUUAACUGAAGUAGAGGGAAGAGUCUUGUGCAUGAUCCAGUUAGGAUGAAUGACUUGUACUUCUGUUGUAGAUCCCAUGUUAAUCUAUCCUUUUACUUCAAGACAGCCUGCUUUUGUUGAAAUCUUCAAGUUUAUAAGUUGAAUUUUUAGAUGUAUUGAAAUUAAGUGCACCAAUUAAAACAUUUACUACAGUCUCUUUAGUCUUUUAAAUGAGCAUGAGAAAAGUUACCUAAA